AUGAGAAAUUGGGAAAGACCCCAAUCUGCUGGGCACGGAACUUCCACGUCCCUUUCCAUGUCCCUUAGUCCGUCGGGUCAGGGGUCAUGGACUCCCUCCAAAACCCUAACCCCUCGAAACCCAGAGCGCCAUCAAAGAAGCCAUGCCUCCAACGUUCAACCCAAGAUCACUCCUCUAGGUCUCUCUCCGAAGACAAUAGGAGAAGACACUGAUUAUUUGUUGAUAAUAUAUUAA